GGACAUUAUUAGAAAAUAAAAUUGUUUCGCAUCCAUAAUAGAUGUUUAUAUAAUUUGAUUUGAUUCAGGCGAUGCUGAAGUUGCCGUUUGGGUCUUUGAAGUUGCACGAGGCCGCCACCAGCUUGCGGUCUUGUUUUUAACUUUACAGUCGGACUUUUUAAACAACUGCAUUUUCACCAUGGAUUCGGCAACUAAUGAAGCGGCGGAGAAGCAGGAUGACGGUGACGCUUUUAUAAAAGUCAAGUCUAAAAAGAGCCGUAAGAGGAAAGCGGAGCAAUCUGAUAUGGACACUGAAGGGUCUGUCGCGAGGAAGAGGCCGCAGUUUCCUCCUAUUUGUCUUGACAAACUAAAGGGGGCGGAUCAGAUGCGGAAAGUGGCCGUCCCCGCACACCGUUACACGCCGCUGAAGGAGAACUGGCUGAAGAUCUACACCCCAAUUGUGGAGAACCUGCAGCUGCAAAUCAGAUUCAACCUCAAGACGCGGAAUGUGGAGAUUAAAACUUGCAAAGAGACACAAGACAUCGCGUCACUCACGAAGGCAGCAGAUUUCGUGAAAGCCUUCAUUUUGGGCUUCCAGGUUGAAGACGCGCUGGCCCUGAUCAGACUGGACGAGCUCUUUCUCGAAAGCUUUGACAUCACAGACGUGAAGCAGCUGAAGGGCGACCACUUGUCCAGAGCCGUCGGCAGGAUCGCGGGCAAAGGAGGAAAAACCAAAUUCACCAUCGAAAACGUCACCAAGACUCGCAUCGUGCUGGCCGAAACCAAAGUGCACAUUUUGGGCUCCUUUCAAAACAUUCGGAUGGCCAGGACGGCCAUUUGCAACCUCAUUUUAGGAAGUCCACCUUCCAAAGUGUACGGAAACAUCCGAGCGGUCGCCGGCAGAGCUGCGGAAAGAUUCUGAAGUGGCCCGCCGGUUUGGUCCCGUCGGGCUGGCGGGAUGACGCGUGUGUGUGUGAUGAAUUUCUGCCGGAUGUUUGUGUAUUUAUAAAAAGAAAGCUAUCGAGAGAAA